UCCGGCUUGGUGCCUGCCUCCCCGGCCGGCCCCCCAGAGCUAGAAGAGGAAGUUGGGCUAAGUAGGGCCCCGAGCAUCUCUGCGAAGGGAGUCGGGUUAGGCCUGGACUGACCAACCGGCAGACAGAUUGACGGAUGGACACACCGAGCAUCCAGCCUGCGGCUUCGCUGCGCUGUUUGUGUGUGAGUGAGUGAGCCGGCGGGCGGAGAGGGCGAGUGUGCAAGCCUCCCAGAGCUGGUCUGGGGUGAACUCGGAGCCUCCCCGCCCCUGGGAAGUCCAACAGCUCCGCCCCCAGCCCCAGCAACUUGGCAGAGCCCCAGAGCGCGGGCGAAACUCUGUGCCAAGAGCGCCCGGAGCGCUGAGCUUCCCGGGACCGGCCGUUUCCGACCUAGCCUGCGCUGUGCCCGCCUGCUGCGCUGUGCCCGCCUGCCCCGCUGUGCGCUGUCCUCUGUGCCCCCGCAGCCUGCUGAAGCUGCGGCUACGGCGCGGAGAUCAAGAUGCCUGGAGGCAGGGCGCCCACACCUCUCCUCCUCCUCCUCCUUCUUCUCCUUCUCCUCCUCCUUCUCUGCGAGCAAUCGUCCGCGAACGGCGUCCCUCCAGAAACCAAAGCUGUAUUUAUUGGAGAAGAACAAGAGAACAUUACCAUACCUUGUAGCAAUACUACUGCCCCUGGGGGCCUGGUGAGCUGGUAUAGGAAUGAGCCUGAGGCUACCUUCCUCCUUUCUUCCAACACAACUGUCACGCCUGAAUUCCGCUACUCCCUGGUGAAUGCCAGUUCCCUGCAUAUCACAGGGCUGGGCCCACAGGAUGAAGGGAACUACACCUGUCGGGAAGUCCUGAACAAGACCCUGGGAGACCACCUGGAACACAGGGUCCAGCUGCUAGUAGCCAGUGGCCCCACCCAGAUCGACAUCAACAUCUCUCCAACUGGAAUCCACCCGAAUGGCUCACUCUUUGUCGCCAGGGGGUCCCAGGUGACCUUCAACUGCAGCAGCAGCUCCUACCCACCACCCAUGGUGGAGUGGUCCUUCCAGCCACCAGGGUCCAGCAGCGAACCCUUUGGGGUCAACAAUGAGACCUUCAGCUACUUUGUGCUCCACAACAUGUCGCCCACACUUCAGGGGAAUUACACAUGUUUGGCCACAAACACACUCAGCAAGAGGGUUCAGAAAGUGACCUCUGAGCUCCUGGUGUAUUAUCCUCCUUGGUCAGACCCACAGUGCUGGGCAGAGACAGCUGCCAUGGGGUCCAUGCUACAGCUCAUCUGCCAAUGGUCUGGGGGGUAUCCAGACCCCGUCUUCCUGUGGACAGAAGAGCCAGGGAACUUGAUCUUGGGCAAUUCAAGCUUGGGCGUAGAGACACUCAAUCGGUCCCAGUUGUCUGAUGGCAAGAAAUUCAAGUGUAUCGGGAAUCAUAUUGUGGAGUCGGGAAUGACAGGAACCAACUGCGUGGUCCAGAUAAAUGGGCCCACCCUUCAGUCUGAGCCAAUGAAGACCUGCCUCUUGGGAGGCAACGUGACCCUCACCUGCCAGGUGUCUGGAGCCAACCCCUCAGCCAAGAUCUCCUGGCUUCGGAAUCUCACGCAGCCAGAGGAGGAGAUCCUGCCCAGCUCCCGGUACCUGAUAACACACAAGGACUCAGUCUCCACCCUCACCAUCCUCAACUGUUCCCAGGGUGUGGAUGAAGGCUACUAUGUCUGCAGAGCGGAAAACCCAGUGCGGGUGAGGGAGGUGGACAUCUGGCUGACCGUGGAAAAACCUCUGAACGUCGGGGGCAUCGUGGGAGCAGUUGUGAUCUUGCUCCUGUUGGGAGUGGGAACAGUCUUAGGUUUUAUAUUGUACUACAGUCCAAAUAUCUGCCUGAAAGUAGGAAACAGUCUCAGGGGUCAAGACUCAAGUGAUGUCAUGGUCCUGGUCGAUUCACAGGAUGAGGAGGAGGAAGAAGCAGAGGAAGAGGCAGAAGAAAGAGAGGUGGAAGACUUGCCAAAAGAGAUAACCAGACAUGGCCAUAUACACCGGGUGACUGCCCUGGUGAAUGGAGAUGUGGAAGGCAUGGGUAAUGGGCUCCAGGCCCUACAAGAUGACAGUAGGGAAACCCAGAGCGACAUUUUCCAGGAAGAAUGUGACCGACCUGUUUGAUGGACAGUUCAACUUUCCCUUCAUGUUGCUAGAGUGCUCUCGGAGGAUGCUUGGUUGGAGUUUCAGCUUUUCCAGACGCCCUAAACCAAGACCCCAACCUGGGUUCUGAGAUCUCUCGCUUUGGCAAUGGUUUGGGCCCCUCAGCAAUGAUCCCAUCUCCCCUUCUGUUCUUUUCUCCCUAAUUAGCUUGGUUUGCUAUCAGCUUCCUCAAGGAUGCUAAUGAGCCAGAGGGACAGGCAAACACUUGGGAGGAAGCCCUACAUGUGGCUUUUGGUUUCUAAAGUGCAACUUUCCCUGAGAAUCUUGGCCCUAUCCAGAUGUCCCUACUUCCCUGACAGCGCAAGUGAAAUAUCUUUCCUUAGCAAUGGGAAGAUGAUUGAAGGUUUGUCAGCAGCUCGUGCCGGUGUACAGAGAAGAGUAUUCUGGGAUCCCAGGGCAAGCACCCAAAAUGACCCAGGCAAUCCCUUUGUCACUAUCCAAGGAAGGUAUAGGUGGACCAGAUUUUUAGGCAAAUGUCUGCUGGCUAAAGAAAAGGGCAGGAUUUGCCAGAAACUGUUGUAUCUGGAGGAGGCCCUUCCCUCCUUGGUGGGAAAUUGGGUUAACUAAAAGUUACAGUCUCUCUGAGUGAAAGCAUUGCUGUCAAGUUUCCUUUGAAGAAGUGGAUUUGAAUUAUUAGAAUGGAAGAGCACUGGACCUGGAUGAUCACAACCUGUGUAUCCUUGGGCAGAUCACCUCUCUGGGCCUCAGUCUCUUCAUAUGGAAAAUGAUGGUGUAGAUGAUUUCUAAGGUCUCUUCAAGCUCUAUGGAUCCUGUGAUCAUUCAUAACUUUUCCAGGCCCAUAGAUUAGCCAUAAUUCUUUUUUGAAGAGGUGGGAAACUAAUGAGAUAACAAGGAAAUGCUUUUAUUUUAACCAGAAUGUAUAGGGAAAUGCUAUGCAGGGAACAGGAAAAGUGUAAUUGGGUGAGCCUUUACUUUUUCUGAUCCUUAGCCAUUGAUAUGAAAGUCACUGAUACAAAAGUAGAACUCAGCAGUUUGCCAUGGAAUGAGUAGAAAUCUGGGCUGACUCUCAACUUUCUCACUCCCCUUUGGUGACCAUGAGUCAUGGUCAUUCUUGGCCUGGUCUUGCCCAUCUCUGAAAUGUCGAUAAGAAAACAUCUUUUCUGCUUCCCCAAGGGGGUACUAGGAAGCUAGCCCCAUUGGAUAACUAUGUAAUGGAAGGAAAAUUCUAUGUAAUAGUGACAAGUGGAGAGUCUAGUGAGCCGCCAUUUUUUUUUUCCACAAGGCCUUCGGGGAGUGCAUCCAAUCAAGUCUUUCACAUGACGGUUUCAGAGAAUGUAAGGAGUUGUGUUACGCACUGUAUUUGUUUUCCAUGGAUACAGAUCUGCUCAAGAUGGGGCCGGGAUGUGUUUUGGGACUUGGAACUUGGAAGGCCUGGGUUUCUCAUCUUGCCUCAAAUAUUCACUUGCUUUGUGAGCAUGGGAAAAUCACUUCACUUUUCUGAUUUUCUCAAUUUCAUUAUCUGUAAAAUGGAGACAGAAUACCUGUAGUACCUACCUCACAGGGCUGUCAUGAGGCUCCAACAAGGUCAUGUAGGUAACAGAUGCUUUGGCAAACUUACUUAUCCAGCUGCCUUUUUCAUCACCACGAACUUACCAUCAUCCUGGACUGUGCUUGAAUUCAGCAGCAGACUUUCACUUUUCUAAUACUAAAGUUAACUAGGUUAAAAAGUUUGGGUUUUUUUUUAAUCACAUUCAUUCACAUGUUGCGGUGACUGUGAUGACUGAAAGUGGUUUCAUUACGCACAGAUCUCACCAUUAACUGCACAUCAUUCUGCAUGAGAAGUGUAGUGGGUAGAGUUGACCUCAGAGUCAAGAAGACCUAGGUUCAAAUCCUGCCUUUGUCAUAUACCGAGUAUGUGACUCUGGGUGAAUCACUUGGUCUCUCAAUGCCCUAGGCAACCGUCUAACACUAAGGUACAGAGAAAGUACCAGGUAGAAAAAGUUCCCUGAUGAGGCUUUCCCUUGAGUGCUGAAAUCAUAGGUUCAGACAAAAAAAAUUGUGUAAAAUAAACUUUUAGGAAUUUUUUUCAAGAUGUCAAACUAAUGUCCAUUCGCCAAAGUCAACCCAGCUACCUAACUAUUUUGCUGCCAAGGCACAAGGUGAAAUUAAAUGCAGGGCCUUUCAUCCCAGGAAUCAUAGUGUUAUAUUUUGCCUCUACACUGGGCAAUUUCCAUUUUGGCCCAUAGUACUUCCACUAUUUGACUACUUCAUGUAGUUUCAGAAUGGGCCACCAUGACAGGUGUAUUCUACCACCUCCAGGAGCUGGAUCAUAGUUUCCCCUAUUUCAAGUCUUCCCAGGCCCAUUUGGUAAAAUUCCUGCAUUUGAGAAUAUCUUCCCUUGGAUGACUGGGGCUUGUCUGCCUUGAUUUAGCAACUGACAUUGUGGACCCUGGGAAACUUUAUGCAAUGGGAAAUGAGAGAAAGUUGUGCAAGGUCAUUAACUUCCUGUUCCUCCUAUAGAUAUUUUAGUAAAUGAGUCAGAGCAGAGAUGGGGAACUAUACAAGGUGGGGAUUUUUCCACUCACAAAUAAAAAGCUUAGUGCCAACUUGCUAUUAGCCAAAGCAACCCUUAAAGCAAGCCACGAGCCAUGCAUGAUUGAUGUUGCUCAUGUAUGAGCACAGAAGACCUUGGGUGAGAUUGUAGGUUCUUAGGUGCUUCGAAUUUUCAAAGCAUUCAAAGAAAUGGGACUAAAGUAUUUUUUAAAGGAAAAAAAAACCCUGAAAUACCAAAGCUUUUUGAAGUUUCAUCUUUCAAUAAAACAGGUAUCGUGACUUCAUAGCAAAUUCAGGAAUUCUGUUUACCAGAAUUUGGGUGGUAAAUGUUUAGGGGCUACCAUAGCAUAUCUUUUUUUCCAUGAGGGCUGGUGGGGUUUGAGGAGGAAGGUAGAGCUUUUUGUAUCUGGUUCCAAUCAUCACUGAAGCUCUAAAGUGAAGUUCUGUUAUUCAAGCAUGACUGCAAUAGACACUGGAAGGUAUUGGCACUUGCAUUACUAAGCACUACAGAGUAGCUGGAAAGACUGUUUCCUGGAUAAAGUUUUCUAAGAUGACGCAUUCAAAUGCCAACAAGUGUAAAUCUUCCAUCCUGUGACUAGCCAUGUUCUGCUAUUAGGGCUUUUAAGAAACACAGUCAGGUAUCUCUGUUCUAAAUAAUUUGAUAUUUUGUGUAGGGGCGGGGAUGAGAAGAAAUUAGUUUUGAGAGCUGUGGUUGUUUUUUUUUAUGAUUCUGGAAUAAAGUUAUUUUUCAACAAAUA